GAAGGAAACAUUAAGAGAGAAGGAGGGAGAGAAGAGAGGAGGAGGAGAAGGAGGAGGAGGGAGGGAAGGAAGGAGGUAGAAGGAAGAGGAGGAAGGAGAGGGGGAAAGGACGGACAAGCCAGAGAGAGAGAAAGAGAGAGACCGAGAGAGACCGAGAGACCCAGAUAAACAGUCUCAUCCACCAGACAAGCUCCAAGCCCGACCAAAAUACACCUCCCUGCCGGGUCCCCUGACCCAACACUCCUCUCUUCCCUUUCUUCCCUCCCUCAUCCCGACCUCUUCUUCCCAGCCCCCCGGAAAAGAACUGCAAGGCUGCCUCUAUCUGCUGGAGGGCAGAAGCCGAAGGAUCCCUGGGGUUUGGGUUUUUUAUUGGGGGGUGGUGGUGAAGAUGGUUGAAGCAACUUCUUAAAUGAUCGCAUCUGGCUGGCUGUUGGAGGAUUUCUGGGUUGGGGAAGAGGAAAGGAAAGUGGAAAAAAACUGAGAACUUCCUGAUCUCAUCUUGCUGUGAGACAUGUCUGAGACUCCUGUUCAGUGUACAUUAAGCAGGAGAGAAUUUCAUACACCCCUCCAGAGAGCCCAGUGCCGACUUACACUUCUUCCUCAACUCCUCUUCAUGUUCCAGUGCCUCAACCCAUCAGGAUGGAGGAGGACUCUAUCAGACUGCCAGCACACCUACGCUUGCAGCCAGUUUACUGGAGCAGGGAUGACGUAGCCCAGUGGCUCAAGUGGGCUGAAAAUGAAUUUUCUUUAAGGCCAAUUGACAGCAACACGUUUGAAAUGAAUGGGAAAGCUCUCCUGCUGCUGACCAAAGAGGACUUUCGAUAUAGGUCUCCUCAUUCAGGUGAUGUGCUAUAUGAACUUCUUCAGCAUAUUCUGAAGCAAAGGAAGCCACGCAUUCUCUACUCACCAUUUUUUCACCCAGGAAACUCUAUCCAAACACAGCCAGAGGUCAUGUUGCACCAAAACCACGAUGAAGAUAAUUGUAUCCAGAGAUCUUCGAGGCCAGUGGAAAAUAUGCACCACAAUCCUCCCACCAUUGAACUCUUGCAUCGUUCCAGGUCACCUAUUACAACCAAUCACCGGCCUUCCCCAGACCCUGACCAGCGGCCCAUCCGGUCCCCGCUGGACAACAUGAUCCGCCGCCUUUCCCCAUCUGAGAGGAUCCCCGGACCAAGGCUUCACCAGGACAACAACCACCAGGAGUCCUACCCUCUGUCAGUGUCUCCCAUGGAGAACAAUCACUGCCCGCCCUCCUCUGAAGCCCACCCAAAGCCAUCCAGCCCUCGUCAAGAGAACACUCGGGUCAUUCAGCUGAUGCCCAGCCCCAUCAUGCACCCUUUGAUACUGAACCCCCGGCACUCAGUGGAUUUCAAACAGUCCAGGCUGUCAGAGGAUGGACUACAUAGGGAAGGGAAGCCCAUCAACCUGUCGCACCGGGAAGACUUGGCAUAUAUGAACCACAUCAUGGUAUCUGUCUCCCCACCUGAGGAGCACGCCAUGCCUAUUGGAAGAAUAGCAGACUGCAGGCUGCUCUGGGACUAUGUCUAUCAGUUGCUUUCUGACAGCCGGUACGAAAAUUUUAUCCGAUGGGAGGACAAAGAAUCCAAAAUAUUUCGGAUAGUGGAUCCCAAUGGACUGGCUCGACUGUGGGGGAAUCACAAGAACAGAACAAACAUGACCUAUGAGAAAAUGUCCCGAGCCCUUCGCCACUACUACAAACUCAACAUCAUCAGGAAGGAGCCAGGACAGAGGCUUUUGUUCAGGUUCAUGAAAACCCCAGAUGAAAUCAUGAGUGGCCGAACAGACCGCCUUGAACACCUUGAGUCCCAAGAGCUGGAUGAACAAAUGUACCAGGAAGAUGAGUGCUGAAGGAACCAACGUGCCACCUCAGGGGAUGGAUCAGUGAAAAGAAAAACCAUCCAGCUGGAGUGCUGGAGGUGUGUGGGAGCAGGGUGGAUUGAGGGAAAGCAGAAAGGAAGAAACACAGAAUUGGGAGUUGAACAGACCAGAAAGGACCCCAGAGCACCUUAGAUAAAGCACCCACAACAGCAGAGUUGGUGUUCUGGUGGAGGGCCCAGAGCCUGGGACUUAUGUACUAUUUCACCCUCCUUUGAGGAUCUCCCUUGGCCUGUAAUUCCUCAUCCCCACCCCUCUGCCCAUUGUUAGUUUCUGGGUUUGGGGGUUGUUGUUGUUUUUUUAUGAACAUGCAGUUUGACUUUUUCAUAAUUCAUAUAGGGCAAGAUGACAGUUUGCUUUCCUAUGGAAAUAUAUAUAUCGAUUAUAUUUUUUUUGCAAGUCUCACAAAUCAUGGCAUAAAAAUCCAACCUGACAGGAAAGAGAGCAAGGUUUCUUUUUUUUUUCUUCUACUGUACACAGAAGGUUUGCUUCUGUUGCUAUUGUGUCCUGGCUGCUGGAGGGUGGGGGAGAACUACUUACUUUAAAAGAAAAAAAUUUGAAAGGGGCACUCACUCUUACCUCUCUCUCUCUCCCUUUCCUUUUCUCAUUCCUGCCUGCCUCUGAGCUUUGGAGAUCUGUCAGCAUAGUUCAGCUUAGUGUAACACCUUGGGAAUGAGCUAAAGCCAGUGACCUAAGUGCUAGAAAGUCAAAACAAAGUCCCAGCAUUUGGCCACCCAUCCCAAAUAUGCCUUAGGAAGGUCAGGAAUUCCAUGGGCGUAUUUCCAAUCGAUAAGUUCUGGUCCUGACAGCUGACCUACAAAGAACAGUAUAGCAUUGGAGAAGGGCACUCAUUUAUUUGUCCUUCUAGAGACGGGAUGACACAGACACCACUCCCAAGAUGCCCAAGAUAUCUACAAGCAUUGGGAUUCUGUGUAACAGUGAAGUGUGAAAAUAUAAUCAGAAAACACAGGGACUUAAUGAAAAAUAUCCUGUGAAGUGGAGAAUGCAGAGAGAGGAGAGGGGGUAGGGAAACGCCCUGUUCUUCUUGCCCCACCCCAGACAUCUUGCAAACAAUUACACACCCUAUCCUAUCUUUCCCAUUAUUCAGAGAUUUUUAUUAAUGAUUUCAUAAUCUCUUUUAACCCUAGUCCCCAUUUGAAUUAGAGCAUUUGAGAUGAACUUCCAGGGCAGCAUUAGCUGCCAGCAAUGAUCUUCUCUUCCCUUUUGGGAUACAUCAUCAGCCUUUCCUUCCUUUCUUUCUUCCUUCCUUCCUUAUGGAUGGGAUGUCUGAACUUGGAAAAGGGCUCGUUUAUCAGUCUAUUUCUCUUGGAAAUCAAUUCAGUAAUCUCAAGGUGAGGACUAUCCCACCUUUUAAUACUUUUACUAAUAACAGAGAUUUUUUUAAAAAAGAAAUGCUAUGGACAUUUCUAAUUUUCUAGGCAUUUAGAAUUGAGUUCAAUUCAAUUUACUUUUUUUUUAUUAAGCAUCUACUAAGUGCAAGACAUUGUGGAUACAAAGACAAACUAAUCCCUGCCCUCAAAGAACUUACAUUCUAUUGAGUUUAUCUUAUAAAGGUUAAAGCUUCCAGAAUGAGGGGCACAGGCUUCUUCCCCUCCCCCACCCCCCAACUACCACCACCAAAAAAAAUAAUAAUAAGGUUUCAUUUCUCUUAUGAACUCUGUCAUUUCUAUGGACUCACAAUAUUCUCACAACUACUUCAGUGACAGCAGGUGCAGCUGUUAUCCCCAUUGGAGGCACCCAGAAUACCUAGACAUUUCCCCCAAAUGCCUUUUCUCCCUUUUCUGCCUUUUCUGCCUUUCCUGGUUAAGUGAAGUGUACUCAGGACUUGGGCAGACAGAGUGAGGGCAUUCUGUCUUUGGACAAUUCCUGACAGGGGAAUCCAUCAAGCUGACAAAUAUUGAGAUCCUAGGGCACCAGGAAGGGCUGACAACAAAUUUCUCUUACUCAGAUCCUUUGCCUCUUAACCUGUCUCAGGUCAAUGCAAAAUCGGUUGAAAACUCUCCCACCAUCUAGAAUGGUUAGGACUUGUCAGAAGCUAGAAGACUUCCCGUCUGUUGAUAGAGUGACAUACUCUAAAGCAUUUGGUUUUAAUAAAGGUGAAAUGCCAUAGGGUUCACCCCAACAUGGUUCAAGUGUGUACACAUCUUUCAACUGUGCUUAGAAACAAUAGCCAGAAAUUUUUCACCCUCUAAGACGAGUGAUAAUGGAUCUCAAGGGAUGAAACUGAGCCAGUGGCUGUACUUAGUAUGUUGUGAAGACAAUUCAUAUUUUUUAAAAGAUUUUUAAAGGCAAGAGAAAGGAGAGGAAUUUUUACCCAAAGGCCAUAUUUCAUGGUCUGCAAUGGAAAGAAAAUGUUGCUCCUUAGGUUUGGGGCAUUCUUUUCUGAUCACUCCAACUAGAGACAGAUAUUGAGUCUCUUAUUAUCCAAGUGGAUAUGUGAUAGAACUAGAGAGGAAAAGGUCCUCUUUUCCUUAAUGUUUCUAUAUUUACUUGCAUUCUCUGUGGGAAUGCAAAAUACUGAAGAUAACCAUGUUGAAGAAGAAAUGGCAAAAGCUAUCCAUUUAUGAGUAGUCCCUUUUUCUGUGUGUUUUUUAGUAAUCCAUUAUUAAUGUAGAUAUUUUUACAUAACACAUUUCCCUAAAGGUGGCUGCUAAUUAUGUUCACUCCACAAGCUCCAGCUGAUGUUUAAAAAAAAGAAGAAGAAGAAGCUCUCUAAAGGAAGAGAACCUACCACAGGUACAUUGGUCCAAAUCUAAAAGCCUCUCUGAUUUUAUGGACAGAUUCUAACUGGUAUAAAAUUAUCUGCCAUUUAUCCCCCACCUGGGAAAGUUUUAAAACUAAUUUAACACCCUAAAUAGUUUCUUUAUCCCUUUGCCAUCUCAUGGAGAUUCUUGUAGAAAAGGAAGGAAAGAAAAAUGCAGAGGCAGACAGCUACAUGAAAAGAUGUUCCACCUCUAGUUGAAUUCAAGAAUUUGAGAAUUGAAAAGAGCCCAACCUAUCCCUGACCAAGAAUCCCUCUGUAAUAUCUUCAAAAAAUGCAUUGUCCAAUCUCUGCCUGAAGGCCUCCCAAAGCCACCAUAAUAACUAGUUUGUCUGGACCUGGUGACUUGAGGCAAUAGAAAUCAACUAGAUGGUUGUCUAACCAAUCAAACAAUAUUUAUUAAGCACCUCCUGUCUGCUGGGCACUGUGCUAAGCACUUGAGGAUAUAAAAUGUGACAAAAGACAGUUCCUGCCCUCAAGGCUCUCACGAUCUAAUGGGUUGUUUCUCCUUGCUAAUCAUUUUUAUUCCAGCCUUCCCAGUCCAGAGAAUAACCCCCUUGGAAGAGAAAACAAAAGACACAUAAGAAAUUUAACAAUCUAAAGUUUUCUCUCACCUGUUAUCAUUCCUAGCUCUGUCCUUCCUCUUACUCCUAAUACAGUUUUUGUUGUUGUUAUUUUCCUUAGUAUUUAUUGUCAGCAAUUCUGGGCCCUAGGAUUCCUGUCAAUUCUUACAGGAUUGUUUUUUUCCUGUUCAUGCUACUCUUUCAUAUUCAUCCUCAGUUAAUUUCCCUUUCUUCCAUCUUACAUAUAUCUUUUAAAAAUCUUAAUUGGUCAGUGAUUUCUUGGUAUAUCCAUGUCAGUUUCUUUAAUCAGUCCCCCAUUUACUUUCUCAUCCGAACCAUAUCUGCCCCAGGUCUUCAAAAUAUCAUUCUUCAUUUACUUUAUUUUAUUUAUUUAUUGGGGGGGGGCAAUGAGGGUUAAGUGACUUGCUCAGGAUCACACAGCUAGCAAGUGUUAAGUGUCUGAGGCCAGAUUCGAACUCAGGUCUUCCUGAAUCCAGGGCCAUUGCUUUAUCCACUGCACCACCCAGCUGCCCCCCAAAAUACCAUUCUUGAGAGUUUUCCAUCUCCCUUGAGUCAACUUCCCUGAGCAAAAUAAUAGGCUGUUGGAUCCAAACCUUUUGAAAUAUGAUAUCUCCAUAUAUGUUUGGGUGUUUGAACCUCUACUUGGCUUUUCUCACCCCUUGCUGCACACUUUCUUACAAAUGGUAACUUAGUGACCCCUUGCCCCCCAAAGUGUAUGUUACUUCUCCUUCAUCAACUAAUUCCUCUUUGUUGGUCAGAAUGGUACAAGAAGGCACUUCCCCCUCCUUGCUGCUCCCACCUUUCAAAAGAUAAAAUUAUUGUGAAGCCAAGCCACCACUUUAUCAGCUGUUCUCUUUUCAGCAGAUAGGAUGCCAUCAGGUGUCUGGAUUGCUAAAGACACCUUCAUCUAAUUUGUCUUUGUAUUCUAAAACAGUACUUCUGUAUCUGUCUCUCUCGGUUGUUUCCAGAUGCUCUCCACAACAUCCCUCCCUCUUUGACACGCCUGGAUUUCCCAUGUGAAUAUAACUUCUUAAUAUGCAAUGCUGUUCCACUUUCCUUAUGAUCUAUUCUGCUUCUUUUGAAUAAGGCAUGCCUUUCUAGAGCCAUGAUCCAGUCACGAACCCUUUCCCACUCAGUCCCAGUGGGACUGGUGAAGUGAAAUUGGCCUCCUUCUCUUAGCAAUAGGACCUCUAACUUUUAUCCUGCACUUCUCUAACACCCCAUUUCCUUAACAGCUCCAUUUCUUCUGCACCGCUGGAAGCCAGAAAUCCAUAACCACUCAAUUUAGGGAAUCUUAUUAAAUAAGUCACUGACAGGUUGCCACUCUUCCACCAGACUGAAGCAGGGACAUCUUGGCAGAGAUGCUGGACUGAAUGCAAGUACACGAGGAUCUCUAAAAUAUACUCAACCUUUUUAAUCUCCUUGCUGAUUGGGAUACCAGUUUGCCAGCUGUUCAAGAGUCACUUAGGGAAAGCCACAAGGAGAGGAAAAUAAAAGAUCUCAGUGAUAACCAUCAUUUAGAGCAAGGAUUCCUAGACUGUUUUGCUUGUGUCAUAGGCCCCUUUGGCAAUCAGGCAAAGUCCAUGGACCCCUUCUCAAAAUGAUGUUUUUAAUUGCAUAAAACAAAAUUUAUAGAAUUGCGAAAGAAGUCAAUUCUAUUAAAAUACUAAAAAGACAACCAAAUAAAUAAAUAAACCCAAGUUCACUAACCCCAGUAAAGAAUCUCUAUUUACAAUGUAGUCAGGGCCUUCUCAUCCACUGUCCUCUAUAGUAGAUGCCUGUUCAGUCAAGACCAUUUCUUUACCUUUCAAGUAAAAAUGUUGAGGGCUGAAACAAGAUUUCCACUUUCUACUACCUAGAGUCCAAAACUCAAAAUAUUUAGACGUAUUAAACUGCCUGUUGCGGAUGGGAAGACAGGCAUAGAGAAGUUCAGGAAUUAAGAGACAGCAAGUCAGAUAGCACAAGGAUCGGGACCUAGAACACAGCAAGCUUUAUUUAUAUCAGCCAUAGUCCAUUUGACUCAUCCCCUCAAAGGAAGCUGAAGAAAAUGAUGAAAAAAUACUAAAAACAAACAAAAAAGGUAGCGUUUCUUUGCCAAAAUAUUUGGUGCUAGUCAGAAACAUUUAAUCUACUACUUUUCUGAACAGGGACCUGGACUUGAAAGGGUAAUAAUGUUCCAAUCCAGAGGUGAACAUAAAGUCAUCCUCUGCCUGGUUGAAAAUUAUAGAGGCCAAAUAGUAUGCUCUCAGCCACAUUUGCAUCAACACUAAUUGACUACCAACUCUCUAAAUCUCUCACAUGCCCAGUGAAUAUUCUUAAAGGUUUUUCUUUGUGACAACCACCUGCAAAUCCAGAAUGAAUCUAAACUUGGUGUUUUUCCCUUUUUUUUUUCCUUUUUCUUUUUCUUUUUUUUUUAGUUUCUAAUCUGAUGUUUAUGAGGUGUGGGGUUUAUAAGGGACUGAAUCAAAUGAAUGUAACCAAAUACAAAAAAAAAAAAUGCCUAUUCUCAGGGCCAGUGAGUUGCAAAUAAUUUUUAAAGAAAAGCCUAUAAUUACAUC